AUGCCCGCACUCCGUAUUGUGCUUGACAGCGCCCCAGCUGUGUGGUCCCCCGGCUGCAUUAUUCAGGGAAAAGUCGUUCUAGAUUCGUCGGAGGAUGAAGCGGUAUCAAAAAUCACCAUUCGGUUCUCUGGAAAGGAAAAGACCCUGAAGAAAUCAGGGCAGAAUUCCCAAUACUUUAGCCAGGUCCAGUUCUUUUCCUACGCUCAGCAAUUGUUCCGUAGCAAUUACACCCUUUCCACCUCCAAAAAGUUUGAAUGGCCGUUCCAGUUUGUCUUCCCACACAAGAUGGAAAUGACGAAGGAUAAUUUCUUCCGGGGUCCCAAUGAUCACUCUCUUCCUCCAACGUUUUACUACGAAACCCCGUUUUUCGCCUCAUACACAGUAGAUUGCCGAAUACAAUACAAGCUGUCUGCAGAGCUCGAGCGCCCUUCGUCAUUCAGUUUGGUAUCGGGAUACCUUUCCGCAGAAAGGCGGUUACCCUUCAUACCCCAUCGAUCAGAACAGUCACCAGCGGUAACGGUCCUAUCCAUCCCAUUUCCCUGGAAAGUCUACAGCAAAAAGAUCCUCCCAGAAUUCGAAAACUACGAACCAACCAUGAAAGAAAAAGUAGCCACCGCCUUCACCUCUCGAACCAAACUCCCCAGCUCAGCCUUCAAAAUCUACACCCGCUUACCCAGCAAGGCAAUCCUGGGCCAAACAAUCCCCAUCCUGCUCAGCGCAACCCACCUCCCAGACGAAUCCACCACCAAAAUCGUCCCCAUCAUCCGCCUCCGCAGUCUCAGACUAACCAUCGAAAUCCGCACAGCAAUCUGUGCCUACUCGACCUUCAGCCGAACCGACGACGAGAGAGUGGACCAGACAACCGUCGUCGACCGCUCGAAUCUUGACAUCCCCCUGGAACCCCAGCCGUGCAACGUGUCCCAGCUUCUAAACAUCAUCUGCACACCGUCACUCCCGCCCAGCUUUGUGAGCAAUAUCGUUAGGCGUAGGUAUGGUUUGGAUUUGAAGAUCAUAGUGGAAUGCGCUGGUUGCACGAAGACGAUCCGGGCAAGCAGGCCGUCGUUUGAGGUUUUGUCAUCGUCCUAUUUGCAGUUACCCCUUGGCCCACCACCGUCGCUACCGUUGUUGUUUUCAGAGGUGGAGGCGGCAGCGGAGAGGGAUGGGGUGGAGUUGCCGGCUUAUAGACCUUGA